CAUUCCUGCGCCUCAGUCUAAUGUAAAAGAAGAAGACAUGGCGUCACGACUUUUCAUAAACAGUUGCAGGUGAAAAUAUGAAGAUUUUGAGCCGUGUUUUCACCUCAGACAUACUCCUCGCCUGAUUGACUGCCGAGAUGGAAAUAAUGGCUGUGAAUCUGCUGGCCACGUCUCCGUCCACCUCCACACUCCCUCCGUCUCCAUGUGUGGAGGACUCCGGCUUCCCCUUGUCCUCUCUAGACAGUGAAGACUAUGUGUUUGUGGAGACUCGCCAUCCUAACAAAGUGCUAGAGGGGUUGAACAGCUUACGGCUCAAUAAUGCCUUCUGCGAUGUGACGCUGUGCUGCGGAGGCCAGGAGUUUCCCUGUCACCGCAUCGUCCUGGCCUCCUUCAGCUCUUACUUUCAGGCCAUGUUCUCCACCGACCUGAUGGAGUCUCGUCAGGAGCGGGUGGCCAUUAACGGGGUGGAGCCGCAGAUGAUCGGGAUGCUGGUGAGCUACGCCUAUACUGCAGAGGUGGUGAUCUCCAAGGCCAACGUGCAGGCGCUGCUGGCGGCCGCUAAUCUGCUGGACGUAAUGGCAGUGCGCGAGGCCUGCUGCCGCUUCAUGGAGCGCCAGAUGGACGAGAUGAACUGCGUGGGCAUUCACUGCUUCGCCGAGGCGCACUCGUGCCGAGAGCUGGAGCGACGCAGCAUGGAGUACAUCCAACAGCACUUCAGCACCGUCAGCCAACAGGAGGAGUUUCUUUCUCUGUGUGGUGAUAAACUGAUCGAGAUCAUUUCCAGUGACCAUCUGAACGUGCCAAAAGAGGAGACGGUGUUUGAGGCGGCCAUUGUCUGGCUGGAGAAGAGCCUCUCGCGCAGGCAGAGCUUCGAGAAGGUGCUGGAGCACAUCCGCCUGCCCCUCAUCAGCCCCUACUACAUUCAUGACGUCAUUGAGACUCUGGAUGUGGUGAAGGAGUCUCUCCAGUGCCAGAAGCUGAUCUCUGAGGCCAAGGAUUAUUUACUGCUGCAGGACCGCCGGGGAGAGCUGUACAGCCCUCGAGCAAGACCUCGACGCGCUACAGGGACUGCUGAGGUGAUCGUGACGGUCGGAGGAGAGGACGAUAAGGUUGUUCUCCGCAGUGUGGAGAGUUUCGAUCCUCUCAAUGGCCAGUGGAAGAGUCUCGCCUGCCUGCCCUUCGCUGUCAGCAAACACGGCUUGGUUGUGUCCGGCUCUAUGCUGUAUUUGGCUGGUGGUGAGUUUCCGGACGGCUCCGCCAGCAGAGAGAUGUGGCGCUAUGACCCUUGUUUUGACUCCUGGUUAGAGAUGGCACCCAUGAACGUGGCGAGAUCAGAACUGGGACUGGUGAUGUUGGAUGGAUAUGUGUUUGCUGUGGGCGGCUGGGAGGGCCGUUCCCGCCUGGACUCUGUGGAGUGUUAUAAUCCUCACACAAACACAUGGCAGUUCAUGGAGUCGGUCAAGAUGGCGGUCACCAGUCCUGCUGUGGUCUCGCUGGAUGGACUACUCUAUGUGACAGGAGGUGCUGUUUUGGAGGAUGGCGAUGGCACAGACCUGGCCCAAGUGUACAACCCUAAAACAUGCGUGUGGAGUGAGGUAGCUCCAAUGCAGAUUGCCCGUUCCGGCUCUGCGUCCUGUAUCCUGAAGGGCAAGAUAUAUGUCAUAGGCGGAUGGCACGCUUCUACCGAAAACACGGAUAAGGUGGAGUGCUACGACCCCAAGACCAACAAGUGGACCAUGUGCGCUCCUAUGAAGGAGAGACGAUAUCGGCCCGGGGUGGCGGUGGUGGACGGCAAGAUUUAUGUUCUAGGAGGGGAAGAGGGAUGGGACAGGUAUCACGACACUAUCGAGCGGUACUGUGAGGACUCGGACAGCUGGGAGAUUGUAGGAGAGAUGCCCACCAGUCGCAGCUGGCUGAGCUGUGUGUCUCUGCACCUCCGCAAGGACGCUCACGCCUGCAGUCGUCCCGGGACGGCCUGUGAGACCGAGUUUCCAGUGGACUGAUCCACCAUGACACCUGCUUCAGCACUGGCCGGACACGAGCCCAGAGGCAGCUUUCAGAGCCGCCGCCGCUCCAUCAGUUUCCACAGGACGGAGGAGCUUCUGAAACCCCCAUCCGCUGUGCUCCUCCAGAGAGAGAGUCUGCGGGACGUCCUGAUUUCUGUGUGGUGGUGAUGAUGAUGUUCACGUGACGUACAGGGUUUCAUGCACUCGCCACCAAUCAUGAUUGUGACUUGUACUUGUUUUCUAACAAAGUGUCGUAGUGAAGCGUUUUGUACUUUUUGUACGGUGAAUUUGCUGUUGUUUGUAUUUAUUAGAUGUGGAUUUGUUGUGCCGAGAGAUUUCUGAUACACUGAAACAUGUCGACUGGUGUUCAAAGGGGAAAUGGUCACACUUUACUUGAAGCUUUCAUUAGUUAGUGGAAACAGCGGGGCUUAAUUUAUGCGCGAACACGGCAUAUCUGGAUCCGGCACCUCUGAAAUAUCAUUACCUCAUUUUACUGAUCCCCCUCCUUAACCGCCCUCCGCCCCUUCCGCUGUUCACUUUCACUUUCUUCCGCGACUCCCCAACCCACUCUUCACUUUCGUCCACAACACCCCUACGCCAUUCACACCCCCCUGCUCUUCACUUUAGUCCGCGACAACCUCAACCUCUACAUCUAUAGGGCAGGGGUCACCAAUCUCGUUCCUGGAGGUCCGGUGCCCUGAAGGGUUUAGCUCCAACUUGCCUCGACACACCUGCCUCUGUGUUUUAAGUAUACCUAGUAAGAUCGUGAUUAGCAAGGGCAGUGAUCACCAAAUUUGUUCCCGGAGGGCCGGUGUCCUGCAGAUUUUAGCUCCAACCCUAAUUAAACACACCUGAACAGAAGCUAAUCAAGCUCUCACUAGGUAUACUUGAAACACCCAGGCGGGUGUGUUGAGGCAAGUUGGAGCUAAACCCUGCAGGGACACCGACCCUCCAGGAUCAAGAUUGGUGAUCCCUGUCCUAGAGUAACAUGCCGGUUCCAUCACCCCGAUCUGUUCCAGGACCUCGCAAUUCACAAAUUAAGCACUGGGGUAGAGACCUGCGCGGAACUAAAUUUUGAAUCCCGCCCGCACCCGCCA